AAUUAACCUUCGAGUUUUCACUAAAUGACGAGUUUGAGGGGACAUUUUACAGAAUAACAUAGCAAGAAAGCAUCACCAAUUGAUAUGGCAUAUCUAUAAAUCAACGGUUUCUCUCUAGAAAAAACUUAGAAAUUGGGAACCCUACUCGAGCAGAGACUAGAGGGACAGAGAAUGUCCAGAAGGUUCGAGAAGCGAAAGGAAGACGAGAGCCGUGCCUUCGAAGGCGAAGACCGCCCUAAGAAGACUACUAAGACUGACGUGUCCGAUGAGUCCGACGGGAUCGUCGUGUGUGAGCUUUCGAAGAACCGUAGGGUUUCUGUGAGGAUCUGGCAGGGGAAGCCUGUGCUUGAUAUCCGCGAGUUUUAUGUGAAAGAUGGAAAACAGAUGCCUGGCAAAAAGGGCAUUUCAUUACCCAUGGAACAGUGGCAUGUACUUCGAGAGCAUGCGGAAGAAAUUGACCAGGCGCUCAACUAAAAUAUCAUUAUAACUUGCGCUUUGUUUCGAUCUUAUUUUAUUUUUUUGCUGGGGAAAAGGAAACAACUCUUAUUGAGGAGGAGAAACAAAAAAGAUGUAUGUUGCAUUCUGGCUAUAAUGGCUGGGGAAGUAGACAUGUUUGAACCUAGUAGUUUGUUACAACCGAGUAGAUUUUAACCCGCACAAUGCAAGGUAAGAAGUAAACCACGAUCGAGUUGUCAGUUAAUAGGUGAGAAGGCCACCGCCAAGAAUACCGCCCGCUGUCGUCGUCCCAAUCUUUAGUGCCGCCACUAAUUGCCGGAAAAGGGCGGGGGGAGGGCAGUUUUUUCAAUUGGGUGGGUGUGGGCUUGUGUUUUCCAAUUUUAUAAGGAGGGGCAUUUUUGGAAGGUCAAAGUCAUAUUUAUUCCUUCCUUAAAAAUGAACUUUAGUCAAUGUG